AUGUCCGAAUGGGAGAGACGAGGGCGAGGCGAGUGCACCGCUACUUCUUGGUCGACCUACGAUCCUUCUCAAGAGGGAGACUACACCCCUUCCAGCUUUGUUGCCAACUAUCGAAGUGGGACUGCUACGAAUGAUGACCUUGCUGGUUUUUCUGCCAGUCCUCAUCGCAAUAAGACUCUCCUAGAGGGAUUUAAGAAGCUGUUGUUAGAUGAGGAUCCUGAGGGAGGAACUACUAAUAAGCAUGCCCGUCACACCAGUGAUGUAGCUUGGGAUCGAGUAUCUCUUGCUAUUUAUGGUCCUCUUUUAAGUGGCCAGUUUCCACCUCCGGCCGAGCCUUAUCCAUUCUGGGUGGUUAAUAUUGAUCGGAGGUCGAAAGCUGAUAAAGAAGAGGUUGGAGGUGCUUUGUCGAAAGAUGGUGAGGAUCUCGAGGAUCGGCUACCUUUAUCCCAUUUCUUGAGGAAGUCGCCUCAGAAACCUUCUGAUAUUUCGUCUACCAUUGCUGCAAAUAGAAAGUUUUUGGAGGCUGAUACGCGGCGAAGAGAGUUAGCGGAACUGGAAGGUCUUCGUGUCCAGUUGCAGCGAGAGCAAGAACGAACCCCAGGAUUGGAGAGGCAACUGUCCGAGACCCAAGCCGAUAUGUCUAGUAUGGAUGCUGAUGCCACUUCGGAAUAUCGUCUGCUAAAGAGAAAGUUAGAAAUUGAGCUGAACCAUGUUGAUAACCUCCGCCAAAGAAUUUUCAAUAAGGAUGAUAAGAUAGAUCGUCAAGAGGACGAGAUCGAGCAUAUUCGAUACGAACUACUUCGAUACCAUAAAUUUGAGUAUGUGCCUAAUGAGAUGGACAAUGUUCGGGCGAGCCUCUCUCGGGUUCAAGGGAUUGCUGCCGACAAAACUUUGUUAGCCGAUAACUUAGAAAGUCAGUGUGGCAAGUUGAGACUCCAAAUUAGAUAUUUGCACGUUGAUCGCAAGCGGAUUUUGAAGGAAAAAGAUACUACCGAGGGGUCUAAUCAAGAGUUAAUAGAGAAGCUUCGCCGAUUUGAUCAGUUGGCACGUGAUCGGCAGAAAGCUAGUUGGAGUGACCAGAAGAAAUAUUUCCCCACCAAUGAAUUCAAUGAGCAUAUCUAUCAUGAGUUAACUUCGAAGGUUUCGUCCCUUGAGUGUAGUUUAGUUAAAUAUGAGGAAACCGUUAAAGUAGUUUUACCUUUGCUUGAAGGAAAGGUGAAGUCUUUGGAGGAAGAGACUGCUCGAUUGAAGGCGAGAGAGACCCAGUUACUCGGAAAGGUGGCUACUGCUGAGGCGGCGUCGACUCAACUGACUCUUCAACUUGCUGCUGAGAAAGAGAAGUUCAAAACCGAGCUUGUUACAAAGGUCAAGGAAGGUGUAAAGGCGGUUGCCGAGAAGAAGCGAGCUGAUCCUGCUGCUAAGAAGGAAAGCCCGAGGUCGAUUCCGCCGAAAGAAUAG